GGUUUUCUUGGUUCAAUACCUGGCAAUCUCAGACUAUAAUUAUUGGUUGAAAUCCCAAAAACGACCAAUGGUUAGAAAGAAGCCUAACGGCCGAGGUGACGAGAACUUAGCCGCUAUGCAGGGCGGUGGUGGGAAGUCUAAAAAGAAAAGCAUGCCAAUAGACGAUGAUGAAUACUCAAUUGGGACUGAGUUAUAUGGAGAACUAUCUUUUAGGAAGAGAAAGAGGUGCCAACUGGUAAUAAAAAAGAAGGGUAAGAAGGGAAGCUUGAAGAGUUCAGGAACCAAAGAAUAAAGAUAAUGACGAUGUAGCGGUAAAGGAUGUUGAAGACGGGCGAAUCUACGGUGCUGCCCCCACUGCAAUUUUGAAAUCAUGUAGGGUAUAUUUAGAAGUUCAAAAAAUUUAAGACAAUGCUCAGUGAAAU